AUGGCAACCGCAAACAGUGCGACAGCUGCCGGAGCAGCGAAAGACGGGGCGCCGCCAGCCCCAGCCAAGUCUUUAUCCGGCAUUGUAAAGCAAGUUCUCUCCGGCGACACUGUAGUCAUCCGAGCAACCAAGGGUGCGCCGCCUCCGGAGAAACAAAUUACCUUCUCCCAUGUUCUGGCCCCCAAGUUGGCCCGCCGUCCUGGCGCUGGCGGUGACGAGACUAAGGACGAGCCCUGGGCCUGGGAGUCGCGUGAGUUCCUGCGCAAGAAGUUGAUCGGCGUUGAAGUGACCUUCACGUUUGACAAACCCGCCAACUCAAACCGGGAGUACGGCUUCGUUUGGAUCGGCAAGGACAAGGAGUCUGGCGAAAAUGUAGUCGAGUCGAUUGUGCGAGAGGGUUUGGUGUCGGUACGUCGCGAGGGUCGACCGACCGCUGAACAGCAAACCUUGAUCGAGUUGGAGGACCAGGCACGAGCUGCUGGCCGCGGCAAGUGGGCGUCCAACACGAGUCCUGCCGAAAAGGUUCGCAACAUCAAGUGGGCUCACGAGAAUCCCGCCCAUUUGGUGGACAUCUACGGAGGAAAGCCCGUCAAGGCCAUCAUCGAGCACGUUCGUGAUGGUUCUACCGUUCGUGCAUUCCUGCUACCCGACUUCCACUACAUCACGCUGAUGAUUUCGGGCAUUCGGUGCCCUGGUGUUAAGUUGGAUGCUGACGGCAAGCCCGACCUUAGUGUGAAGGUGCCUUUUGCGGACGAAGCUCGGUACUAUGUGGAGACUCGCCUGCUGCAGCGCGAUGUGGAAAUCCGGCUGGAAUCGGUAAACAACUCGAACUUCAUUGGUUCAAUUUUGUACCCGAAAGGCAACAUUGCGGAGUCGCUUCUGCGCGAGGGUCUUGCCAAGUGUGUGGACUGGUCAAUGGCAGUUAUGAAGACGGGCGCCGAUAAACUGCGUGCUGCCGAGCGCAUUGCCAAGGAGAAACGCAUCCGCCAAUGGCAAGACUAUCAAGCAAAAACACCUGCUUUCAACUCGAAGGAAAAGGACUUUACCGGCACCGUCGUUGAGGUCUUCAACGGAGACGCUGUCAACGUAAGACUUCCGAACGGUCAGGUGAAGAAGGUAUUCUUUUCAUCGAUAAGGCCACCGCGUGACCAAAGGGCAGUGGUUGGAACCGACGGUGAGGAAAUAGUUAAGGCCCCGCCUCGCGGAAAGAACUACCGGCCACUCUAUGAGAUUCCGCACAUGUUCGAUGCCCGCGAGUUUCUGCGCAAGAAGCUUAUUAACAAGAAGGUUCAGUGCAAUCUGGAUUACAUCUCACCGCCUCGCGAGAACUUCCCUGAGAAGUACUGCUACACUGUGCUGAUUGGCGGUCAGAAUGUGGCCGAGGCUAUGGUGGCCAAGGGCUUGGCAACCUGUGUGCGCUACCGCCAAGACGACGAUCAGAGAUCUUCCGCUUAUGAUCAACUCAUUGCUGCCGAACAGCAAGCUAUUAAGGGUCUGAAGGGCUUGCACGCAAAGAAAGACAAUGCCACGCUGCGCGUAAACGAUCUGACUGUUGACCAUUCCCGAAUUAAGGUCCAAUACUUGCCUUCAUGGCAGCGUGCCCUGAGAUCUGAAGCCAUUGUUGAAUUUGUCGCCAGCGGAUCGCGCCUCCGUCUGUUUGUGCCAAAGGACAGCUGCCUGGUCACAUUCCUUUUGGCUGGCAUUUCGUGUCCGCGGUCUUCCCGACCGGCGCUAAAUGGAGUACCUGCCCAAGAAGGGGAACCGUUUGGCGACGAGGCCCUGACCUUUACGCGGGAACGUGUCUUACAACGCGAUGUCUCUGUGCAUAUCGAUACCACGGACAAGGCUGGAUCUUCAGUGAUUGGUUGGCUAUGGACGGACACCGGUGCCAAUCUGUCGGUGGCCCUUGUGGAAGAAGGUUUAGCGGAAGUCCACUUCAGCGCCGAGAAGUCUGAGUACUUCCGCGUAUUGAAGAGUGCUGAAGACCGUGCCAAGGCCGCCAAGAAGAACAUUUGGGCCAACUAUGUAGAACAAGUGCCUGAGGAGAAAACUGUUGUUGAGGAGGAGAAGGAGGACAAGGUGGUAGUGGAGCGCAAAGUCAACUACGAAAACGUGAUUGUCACUGAGAUUACCGAAAAUCUGACAUUCUUUGCGCAGUCUGUGGAGAGCGGAUCUAAGCUGGAAACUCUAAUGAGCAAGCUUCACGCCGACUUCCAGUCCAAUCCUCCCAUCGCUGGAUCAUACACGCCCAAGCGCGGCGACCUCGUAGCCGCCCAGUUUACUCUUGAUAAUCAAUGGUACCGCGCCAAGGUGGAGCGAAUCCAAGGCAACAACGCCACCGUCCUGUACAUUGAUUAUGGCAACAAAGAAACUCUGCCAACUAGCCGCUUGGCCGCAUUGCCCCCAGCCUUCAGCAGCGAGAAACCGUACGCCACUGAGUACGCGCUGGCCUUAGUCGCCCUGCCAACAGACAACGAAGACAAAGAAGAGGCUCUGCGUGCCUUCUCCGAGGACGUCUUGAACCACAAGGUUCAACUCAACGUGGAGUUAAAGGUGGUUGGGUCGCCAAACCUGGCCACGCUACAUGAUCCAACCACCAAGGUCGACUUUGGAAAGCAACUUGUCGCCGAGGGCCUGGUACUGGCCGAAAAGCGUCGUGAGCGCAAGCUCAAGGACCUUGUUGACCAGUACAGAGUCGCCCAGGAGGCAGCACUUGCGGCGCAUUUGGCCAUCUGGAAGUACGGCGAUAUUACACAGGAUGAUGCGCCCGAAUUCCGCUAAAAGAUGACAAGAGUAGGCCUGUGGCGUGGAGCGCGUUGCUAGCCGAAAUGUUUGUCUGCCACAUACCCGCCCUUUAUAUACAUAACAAGAAGCAACAACUUAAAGAAUAUGAAAUUACUAAUUCUAUCUAUACACACCAAUAUAUAUGAUGCAUAUACCACAUUGGAAAUCAUACAUACGUCUGAGCAUGGCAUGGAAGAUCACAAUGCAGUACACUUUGUAUGCUUUAAGCAGCUCGCAAAUUAUUACGAACUACUUGGGUUAUAUUUUUUUCAAUAAUGAUCAUGAUCCUUUAAAUAAAUAUUUGACACAACCUAGCAGCAAUUCGACCUUUUGAAAGCGCCUACCCUCCCCAUAAACAAUAAUUAUAACGGAUGCGACGAGAAAAAUGUGUAAACCUCAAAAUGUCUCUUAAAUUUGCAGAUUUAUGUUAUUGUAAACUGUUUUUGCAUUACGAGUAAAUACAAUUAAAUAAUUUUUUAUAAAAC